AUGGCAGCCUCCCUGAGAAGCCUAUCUCUCACAGCUCAGCAUGGAAUAGGUAGGAGCUUGGUAGACUUCCCUGUAACUCCCGGAUCGGGCUACUCGCCCGCAACGUCACAGCCCGACUGGUGA